CUUGACCCGUACACAUCACCAAGCGAAAAACAGGGCCCAGCCAGACACCCUGUCUACAUCCAAAUUACCCGAUAUCAACCAGCGAGACCUCGUCGACAAUCGAUUACGUAUCCGCCGUUACCGAUUUUACACAGUCGCAUGCCAUUUUGGGCAGCGAGAAGUGGCGGACCAAGCAGGCGGUUCCCCAUCGACAACCCAAGAGCAACCUUGUGAGGCGGGUAUCGAUUGAAUAUUCUCGACCAUUUCCGCGACUUCGUCUUCCAACUUAGUCCGACAAUCAGGAAGGAGGGACCAGGUUGGAGAAGGUGCGACCAAAAAACCCGCACAUUCCUCUCGUCGGUACCGAAGCUUGACACGACUUUCUUCGACAAACACAGAGUUGACGACGACGACCAACAAACGCCACCAUGUCUAACAACGCGGUGGGUAACGUCUACUCACAAAUCAUCGAUGAGGUGAUAAAUUCUUCUCGGGUCGAUUUCGAGGAGGGUGGUGUGGAUGAGAGCGUGCUGGAAGAGUUGAAGAAGGGAUGGCAGGAAAAGCUCACUCAACUAGAGGUCGCGGCGUUUCCAUGGGACCCUGUCAAGGAAGCUCCAGCUCCUGCUGCACCGCCUCCGACUACGGCCGCUCCCCCGCCUGCGGCCCCAUACUCUCAGGCCCAGCUCAGUCCGCAACUCCCAGUGCCUGGUCUACCUCUGCCUGGCGGAAACCCGGCUCAACAGGCCAGUAACAUGCCUGUAAAGGAGGAGCCUUACAUCAAGCCGGAGCCUGGCAUGCAGAAUGUGCCGAUGCCCCCCUCUCAACAAGACAGCGCUGGGCUCGCAGCUUACCGAGCCGCUCAACAUGUGCGCGGUCAGUUCGGCGAAAAAGGCGCCGCCUCCAUGAACGCCAUUCAAGCUUCAGCGACCAACAGGCCUGCCAACCAACCGCCUCUGCCCCAAAUGCCCGGCCAGGCUCAGCAGCAGCAGCAACAGCAGUACCGCCCCGGAGUUCCUCAACAGGGCCAGCCUCAGCAGCGCCCGCCUAGCAACGGUCAGCCAGGUGUGAAUCCCUCGCAGACUGACGGUGCUGGCGACGACUUCGACUUUGAAGGUGUUCUGCUCCAACGCAACCCUGAUGGGUCUCAACGCGAGAUUGGACGUGUUGAUAUUGAUCGCAUGAUUCACGCGCGGAUUGCUGCCAACGCCAAGAGCAUGGAGGGCGGUGGCUUGAUGCUGCCUCUUAAGGAAGCCACGAGACAUUCGUCGGCUGCUACCGCACGGUCCAAGGGCAAGGAGCAUGGUGGAAUUGCCGCAUACGAUGGUUACGAUGAUGACGAAGUUGACGAAGAUGCAAUCAACUCAGAUCUUGACGACCCUGAUGAAGACAAGGAUGACGACGAGGUCGACGAUGAGGGUCUUGGACAUAUCAUGCUCUGCAUGUACGACAAGGUCCAGCGCGUCAAGAACAAGUGGAAGUGUGUCCUCAAGGAUGGUGUUCUCACCGUCAAUGGCAAGGAGUACGUCUUCCACAAGGCUACUGGCGAGUACGAGUGCCCUUGUCCUUCGGCCUCGGCCUCACUUUCAAACAGCCAUUCCGAAGUCCUGGAAUCCUUGGAGAUAUGGAUUCACGGCACAAAUAAGGCUGAAAAACCAGGCUCACAGUAUCUCAACCAAGAUCCCAAGGAACAGACACCGAGACGUGGUGUUUCAGUAUCCGAAAGGGCGGGCCCCUGGGACCCGGGAGAUGGCUUCCGCCGUGCUCCCGACAGCAACACGAUCGACUCGAUCCGUACCUCCAAUGCUCCAUGGCAAUGUGGUUCGUCCUCGGAAAUGAUGACCUCACGAAACCUCCAGCUCGCGUCCCUCGGCUCGGCUAUCCAAGGAGUCGAGCCUAGGGGCCCACGGGGCAGUCAGAUUGCCACGGGCAGACAAUCGAUCUCAUCGGCUACAGGACAUCGGAAAACCUACGUAUCCGUAGGGCCUAGGCUAGAUCAACCCGAGGACGGCCAGGAGGUGGGUGGUGGUGGUGAACCAUGGCCCAUGGUGGCCGUUAUUCUGCUUUCCGAUAACAGGGGAAAGUUUGGUUCUUCACCACGAAUAGUACAACCUCAUAAUCCGCGUGUUUAUUUAAGCGCUCUGCUCUGUGUUCAAGUAGGAGAUGCUCGUCACUGCUGUCGUCCUCCGACGAAGCUGCGAUGGAUAUUCGUGCAAACCCCCAUGGUCUUGUCCAGCGGAGUUUCGUUUAGAUUGCAUGGCCGUUUGAGAUUCGCUUCAUCAUCGGAAAUCCCUUGGAGAAGUAUGGAUAAGGGAAUGGCUCACGGAGCCACAGAUCGUCGUGUUCCUCUCACCAAGCCCCACUGGCGAUUUUCACGUCAAGCCUCUUGA